CCCGAGUUUGCGAGUAUAUUGGCAGUCAAACCCUUUACUCCCUAGUCUCUCCUUCCCUGGUCACAGUAAGAUCACCAGUCUGUCAAACCCCUCUCUCGCUUUCGCUCUUUCCUUAUUCUGCCGCGGCCGCUGCAUCAUUCUCACGCUGGGAAUCGUUGUGCACCCAAUGACUCUUGAUCUAUUCAAGGAACAAUCCGUGCUUUUUCUCUUGUGCGAUUCCGGUUUCAUGAGCCGCGGCAGAUUGUGGUCGAAGAUCAAAUUUCGACAUUGGACUUGACUUAUUUGCUAUUUGGAUUUUUUGUUUUUAUUCUCGAAGACAAAAUAAAAGGAAAAAAAAAAACAUUAUAGAUAUUGUUUAAUCUCUAUAACGAAAUCAGCCAGAUCAAUUUAUUAUCUACUGUGGGAUUCAUGGGGAAAUUGCCUCCUGGUUUUCGGUUUCACCCGACUGACGUUGAGCUAGUGAAGUACUAUCUGAAAAGGAAGGUAUUGGGGAAGAAACUCCAUUUCAAUGCCAUUGCAGAGGUUGAUAUUUACAAGUUUUCCCCAUGGGAUCUUCCAGAUAAGUCUGGUAUGAGAUAUGGUGACCUAAAAUGGUACUUCUUCUGCCCGUCUGAGAAGAAGUACGCAAGUGGGGCCAGAUUUAAUCGUUCAACUGAAUUUGGAUACUGGAAAACAACAGGAAGGGACAGACCUGUUCACUACAAUAGUAACCUCGUGGGGGUGAUAAAAACACUGGUUUUUCACCAGGGGAAGGCGCCAAAAGGGGACCGUACAGAUUGGGUUAUGCAUGAGUAUCGCCUCGAGGAUAGUGAACUAGCUGAAAAUGGAGUUAUUCCGGCUGCGUACGUGCUGUGUAAAGUUUUUCAAAAAGAAGGCCCGGGCCCCCGAAAUGGUGCGCAAUAUGGAGCUCCAUUUAGAGAGGAAGAUUGGAGCGAUGAUGAUGAGGAAGUUAAUAUUGGCGGAGCUGUGUUUCCUGGUGAAACCUCUACACCAGCAUUUUUGCUGCCUUUGAACCAGAACAACUUCAUUGAAACGAGCUCACAUGGCCUGGAAAGCAUGCGCACUGGGCCAUCAUAUGCUCCAUGUCGUCCAGUUGUUGGUCAUUCUGCUUGCGAAAUGCUUCCCCCUAUCUCUGGUGACAGCAUGCUCUUGGAGUUUGAGAGCCAGUGCACUGGGUCGCUUAAUGCUCCACGUCUUUCGGUUGGUGUUUCUUCUGGUUAUGAAAUGCUUCCUCCAGUCACUGGGAGCAACAUGAUCUUGACGAAGUCUGUGCAGCCUGGGGAUGAUGAGAUUCUUUCACUGUUGGCUUCCUUCGUAGGACAGCAUGAUUUAUUUUUCAACGAGAAUGACAAAAAUGAGAAACUUGAUUCUUGUAAUGAUACUGGAACUGUUGCAGCUGUACCUUGUUCAGAUGGAACCGAUAUUUAUAACGGAUUAGGUGACUUUAUCAAUUUCGAAGGGCAAAGCUCUCUUGGCUAUGGUAAUUUCUUUGCUGAUUAUGAAAUCGGGUUAACUACCCCUAGCAACAAUGAAGAAUCAUAUGUGGAGCUGAUUGAUCUGGAUAUCCCCUUUGGAGUUUCUGAGUCUGAGUUAGGUAAACUGGGCAGUUUGUAUGCGCAAAGAUGUCAUGUCGAUAAUACCAGUGCCCCUGGGAGUGAAGAAUCAUAUCUGGAGUUACUUGAUCUGGAUAACCCAUCAAGGCCUGCUGAUUCUUAAGAAGUCAACUAUCCAAAAAAAUAAGUCAACGAUAUUGUUGAUCAUUUAUGUUUGAUUCAUUUGGAUACAAGUAAAGGUCUGCUUCUAGAUCUGUCUAAAACCAUUCCUGAGGAGUUCAACACUACAACUCAUUGUUGAUUAUGUAUGUUUCAAUUGUUUGGUUAAAAAUAAAGGUCCACUUAGACUUUUAGAGGAUCUGUAUCUAUUGCGAUAUUAAUUAUGAUAUUGAGGAGUAUGUUUGGUCAUUCAACAUUA